AUGAGGUCCGACAUCGAUACGAUCGAGCAAGAGAUCAAGGAAAGAGUGGCUCUCGUUGAGAAGCUGCCGGUCGUGCCCUCGGUGAGGUUGAGUGGCGAUUGGUCCUGCACCGGGACUCGAAAGGGUCUAGCUGGAUGCCCUUCCAUCACCGUCAGUCCAGUAACCACGACGAUGACUUGGUCGAUCGUCAAGGAUUUCUUCGGGAUUCAGGGCAUGGCAAAGAGAACGACGCUCGUCUUGACGACAUUCGAGGACGUGGAGACGAUGCAUGCAGAGUACCCGCUCGUCACGGGUUUGUCGGAGAAUGGCCCAGAUGUGGAUCAAGUGGCAGAUAACGCAUCAACGUACCGCUAUGUCGGCGGUUGCGCUAUGUGCCACUAG